GUCAGUGUAUAUGCUCUAUAUGCAAACAAUGAAGAUGUGAUAAGAAGUCUAACUUUCUGACGUAUUCGGUUCUCUUUUACUGUUGUCAUUUAGUAUUUCUGUCAACAAAUAUAACAUUAAGAAUGAGACUUCUAAGAUUUGAAAAAUUGUUAUAGUUGUGCAUAUAAUCAUCUUUAUUCGAGGUAGACGAGAUAAAUUAGUCAUGUGGAUUGUACAAGUCAUAUGCAUAGUCACAUUAGUGACCACAAUUAACAGUAGUGAUAUAACUACAGCUGUAUUCGGUAAUGUGCUUGAUGGCAUGCCUGCAGCAUUUGGAGAUUUUGAUUCAGACGAAUUAACAGAUGUAUUUAUGGUACGCAAGGAUGGUAAAACUGUACAAGUUUUUCUUGCCGCAGAACAAGAACCUUUGUUAAGACCAGACGAUAAUCUUAAGUGUACCUUUGAAGAACCCGUCACAAGCGUUGUACCAGGAGAUUUUGACGGAGAUGUCUUUAUGGAUAUUUUAGUAACAACUACUAAUUCGACAACUAAACUUACCGAUGUAUAUAUCUUAUGGGGGGGAAAUAAAGAUUCGGUUGUACAAUUAAAUUGUACAACUCGACCUUUAUUAAGUAUGCAAGGUCAACCAUUGGCUUUAGAUUAUAAUCAAGACAUGAUCAUUGAUCUUUUUGGCAUGGAUGAAAACUACAAUAGAACUUUUUGGAUAUUCACUGAAAAUAGAGGAAAGUACGAUACUAAACAGAUGUCACACAAAGAUCAUAGAAAAAUGGAACCUAUAAGCCAUCCACACUCCAAUGCUUUUCUUGAUUUAAAUAAUGAUUUUUUGCCUGAUCUUGUUGUAACUACUAAAAAGUCUUUUGAAGUUUGGCGCGGCGAGGAAGAUGGUUUUACUUUUGAAAAAGAGUUCGAUUUACCGCAUAAUGCGGAAGUUAUUGGCCAAACUCUUUACCUUGACGUUGAACUUACAGGAAAGGCUGAUCUACUUUUGCCGCUUUGUUAUGACAAAGCAAAGCAUACCAAUUGUACCAUAAUGAUGUAUUCCAAAGGAUGGCACGAUUUGCAAAUUAAUUUUAGAGAUAAAAGUAAUACUUGGGCAUUUGUCAAAGGAGAUGGUCAACGUUAUACUGAUACAAUAACGCUCAGAGGUGGAGAUUUUAAUAUGGAUGGUUAUCCUGAUUUAUUAGCAACGUUAGAAUCUACUAGCACUAAACAGCGACAAUCGUUUUUGCUUGAAAAUGUUGCUUGCAAUUCUUGCAAUGGCUUCAAUCGAACUUUUGAUAUACGCUGGCAAGCCCUCAAUCCAUUUUAUAACGAAACUGUUAUGGCAGUAUUUUACGAUUUUUAUCAGGAUGGUAUUUUGGACGUAAUAUUGGUAGAACUAGAUAAAAUCAAUAAAGUUUAUCGUACUGCUGCAUUUAAAAACAGUUUGGAUUAUGAUGCCAAUUUUGUUAAAGUUAUGGUACUCACUGGACGUAACAACAGCAUGUAUCCUAUUUCGCCUGGUUCAUUAGGAAAGAAAAAACGUACAUAUGGAACGAAUCUACCUGGACCAUCAAUAGCUUACAAGACUACUACGCAAGACGGUUAUCCGCGUAAUGCCAUUGCUGCUCAAUUGUCACAAAGUGCAUAUUUUUCGUUAAAUUUACCAUAUACCACAUUUGGAUUGGGUAGAACACCAAACUUUGUUGAUUCCUUGACGAUAGGAGUCGGUGGUAAAUCAAGAGAAUGGCCACAAAUUAUUCCAAAUUCUCAAAUGGUAGUAAUACCAAAUCCAAUAUCGAGACCAUACAAAUGGAAAGCUCAAUUAUUUGUUACACCUAGUAAAUUAAUUUUAUUAAGUGCAGCUGCUUUAAGCGGAACCUGCAGUCUUAUUUCAUUAAUUAUCGUUUUGUUAUAUUGGAAGGAGAGGAGGGAAGAUAAAAUAGAAAAGCUUCAAGAAGCUCAUAGGUUUCCUUUUGAUGCUAUGUAAAAAUAGAAUUUAAGAAAAUAUAUUAAUUAAGAAUUAUUUAA